CCGGGCCACGCCCCCUCCCCGCCUCGGCGCGCGCGCGGGAGAGCGGGAACCGGGGGCGGCAGCCGCGGCCAUGGAGCAGCCGCGGCCCCCCCGCGGCCCCCCCGGUGGCGGCGAAGCGGGGCUGCCCCCCCCCCCCCCCGGGCCCCCCGACGUCCGCUUCGUCACCGAGGAGAGCUUCGACUUCGGGCUCCUGUCCCCGUCCGACAGCCAGGACGAGGAUGAGGAGGAUGAAGCCGAUGGCGGGGGGGGGUCCGGGGGGGGCUGGAGCCCGCUGCGGGGCGCGCGCCUGGAGGAGCUGGUGCGGGAGGCGUCGCGCGUGGCCGCGGAGCUGCAGCGCUGCCGCCUGCCCCCCCCCCCCCCCGCGGGCCCCCGCCCCCCCCGCAGCCCCCGCCGGGAAACGUUCGUGGUGCGGGACAGCCCCGUGCGCGCGCUCCUGCCCACCGUGAGCGCGCGGGGCCCCCCCGCCCCCCCCCCCCGUGCCCCACAGCCCCCCCCCAAGCACCGGGCACCCCCCGCUGCCAGCAGCGCCCCCAAGGCGGCCCCCACAGCGGCACCCAAAGGAGCCCCCGGCACCAGGGUGCCCCCCCCGAGCAGGGUGGGGGGAGCCCCCCCCAGGCUUUGCACUCCCCAAGGGAGGGGGGCUGGGGCCCGGGGAAAGGAAGGAGCGCGGGGGGGGGCAGCAGCCCAGCCAAAGGCGAGGGGAGCUCCCCCCCCAAGCCGCCAGCCCCACAGCAGGACCCCGGCCCCCCCCAGCCCCUCAGCCCGUGCCCCCCCAUCCACCACCCUGCCCCGGGCCAGGGGGGGCCCGGCCCCCCGAGGAGCAUCACGGGGGCCCCCCCCAGCACCCAGCACUGGCUGCAAACCGGGGCCCCCCCCCGGCCGCCUGCGGGGCCCCCGGAAGCCAGCGGUGAGCAGCGCCCCAAGGUGACCCCCCCCACGGGA